CACGGAAAAGAGGAAGAAAAAUGUCGAGGUUAAUUUCGCAAUUUUUGGCCAUAAAACGUGUGAUUCCCACGAAGCAGGUGAGUCAUCUGGGAAUCCGUCAACCAGGAAGAGCAUUCACAACAUCCCACGUGAGAUUGUGUGAAGAGAGUGCAGAUAAUAAGCCAGAAGCAGUGAAAAAGACUUCAAACCUUACGGUGCGUGGAACUGAUCGAACACAGGUGAUUCCCGUUGAGACCAGCAUCCGGUAUUUAAGGAGUGCUGCCUAUAAGGAGGCAUACGGAGAGCAACCUGUGUGGGUUCUCUACCGAAGGAAUCACAAAGGACCCCAUCCGCCGCGAAAGACACGCAAAACUUGCAUACGUGCUGGAAUAAUUUCCACCGGGAAUCCCUGUCCAAUUUGCCGGGACGAGUAUCUCGUGUUGGAUCACAACAAUCUUGAACUACUCAAGCAGUUUAUAUCUCCCUACUCUGGAGAGGUCUUGAGUUAUACAAAGACCGGCUUGUGCCAGAUGCGACACAACGAAUUGAUUGUAGCUAUUGAAAGGGCCAUUGAUCGAGGAUAUCUGACCUUUGACGUUCCCUUCAGAUACUACGACUACGCGGAAUACUACAAACCCGAGAAAUCAGCAUAAAUCGCAACAUAAAUUAGUCAAAGUAAGCUUAGUUAGAGAGUCUUCUGCUUAAUUCCGGGGGAUUGUGAAUUAGGGGAGGGAUGGGAAAGUACGAAGGAACAUUUGUCGUUGUUGGGGGAGGAAUUGCCGGAGUAUCGUGUGCUGAGACAAUUGCCUUUCUCUAUCCAGAAGAGAAAAUAAUCCUCAUAACAGAGUCUAGACUCAUUAAGUCCGUAACGCAGCUUGUGCCACUCGGAAAAGCCCUGACACGCUUCGAAGUGGAGGAGAAGAGUGCAGAGACAAUAGGAAAAUGCGUUCAGGUGGUCACAGAUCGAUUGGCCGCAGUGAAAAGUCAGGAAAAACUCGUUGUAACUGAGAAUGGUCAUGAGAUCUCGUACAAAUAUCUCUGCCUCUGCACAGGAGCUCGUCCCAAUUUAAUAGAAGAGCACCCACAUAUAAUUGGGAUUCGUGACACAGAAUCAGUGCAGGAAUUUCAGAGAAGGAUCAAGGAUAGCAAGAAAAUUGUUCUCGUGGGAAAUGGUGGAAUUGCCAGUGAGAUUGCCUACGAAGUGAAAGGUGUUGCAAUUGAUUGGGUAGUCAAGGAUAGUCAUAUUUCCUCCACAUUCCUUGAUCCAGGAGCUGCUGAAUACUUCAA